AUGCCAGAGAUCUCCCGACCUACAUACGACUUUAUCGUCAUCGGCGGUGGCACGGCUGGGAAUGUUGUCACGGGAAGGCUAGCAGAGAAUCCCAAUGUGAAGAUACUGGUGGUUGAAGCUGGCGAAGGAAACCCGAAGGACGUCCCUGAGAUCAUGACACCUGCCCGGGCAUUUGAACUUCGAAAUAGCCAUUAUGACUGGGCCUAUCAAACAACAUUCGUAGACAAGCCGGAUUACGAACGUGUCGAAAAACCAAAUACCCGUGGAAAGGUUCUUGGUGGCAGCAGCAGUCUCAACUACUUCACCUGGCUUCGAGGGAGUAAGGGAACCAUGGACGCGUGGGAAGAAUACGGCGGGCCUACUUGGAAUUGGCAGGGCUGUAAGGAAUAUUUUAACAAGCCAGCUACAUAUCACGACGACCAUAAAAUGUACGACGCACGGUUUUCGGAGAUUGGGUGUGAUGGCCCUGUACACGUUUCCCAUGCGGAGUUGCUUCCGGAGACCGAGUUCUUCCGACAAGCACUGACGAAGGCAUGGACUGGUGAAGGCCAUGUCGUGAAAGAAGACAUAUACGAUGGUGAGGUUCAUGGUCUAACUCACUGUAUCAGCUCGGUGUACGGUGGUGUUCGCUCAAACAGCGCAGCAUACCUUGAUGGCAAGGAUAACAUCGAGUUCAUGUUUUCCAGUGUAGCAACAAAGCUCAAUUUUGAGGGCAGGGACAAUGAGAACGCCGUGGUAACAAGUGUGACAAUUUUCGAUCAAAGCCAAGUCUCAAAGACGAUUUGGGUGCGAAAGGAAGUCAUCAUCUCAGCAGGUGUUUUUGAAACGCCGAAACUGCUACUCCUCUCUGGUGUCGGACCACGGCGUGAGCUUGCACGUCCCGGAUUAUCCCCAGUCAUAGUCUCCGAGCAUGUGGGCGAGCAUUUGCUGGAUCAUCCAAUCCUUCCACAUGUGUUCAGAUUGAAAGAUGGGGCUGGAUUGGAUCAUGUCCUCCUCCAGAAAGGACGCCAUCACGAUGCGGCAAGAGCACAGUAUGAGAAAGACAAAACUGGUCCGUUGGCAAGCGGGCUUCUUGAAAUGGUGGCUUUCCCACGCAUUGACGAGAGGCUCUCCGAUCAUGUCCAGUACCGCAAGGCCAAAGAGGAAAAUGGUGGCAAGGACCCAUUCGGACCUGAGAAACAACCUCAUUUCGAGAUUGAUUUUGUCCCCAUGUUCUGUGAUGCCUUCCAGUGGCAUUUCCCUGUCCCACCAGAAGGAGACUGGUUGACUGUGAUUGUCGAUCUCCUCCGUCCACAGUCAAAGGAAGGCUAUGUGAGACUGAACACAAUCGAUCCACGAGAGCAACCUGCCAUCAACCUCAAUUAUUUCUCCAAUGAGCUUGACAUCUUGGCUUUGAGGGAGGGCGUCCGCUACAUCGACCAAAUUCUGAUGGAAGGCGACGGAAUGAAGGACAUCAUUGGAGAAGACUAUCCAUGGCCUAUGCCCCGCGAGUCAGAUGAAGAGAUGGACCGACUCAUUAUGGACCGGGCACAAACUGGAUAUCAUCCAUGUGGUACUGCUAGGCUUUCUCUGGAUAUCUCCCAGGGAGUAGUUGAUUCCGAAUUGAAAGUGCAUGGGGCCAAGAACUUGCGGAUCAUCGAUGCAUCUAUCAUCCCAGUGAUUCCUGACUGUCGAAUUCAGAAUGCCGUUUACAUGAUCGCAGAAAAGGUACGUCAUACUUGGUGUCAUAAGAUGAAUGCUAAUCAAGAGAUGGUAGGGCGUUGA